AUGCCUUUAUCAUCAACGUCAUCGAUAAAUAAUAGAAGUGAAAAUGAUGAACAGAUUCAAACAAUAGUCAAGAAUAAUGAUAGUCAAGUUAAGUCUGAUAUUGGUGCAAAUAUUGUUUUAAUCGGAGCACCUGGAAGUGGUAAAGGUACACAAAGCACUCGAUUAGUAGACCGUUAUCAAAUCUGUCAUAUAUCAACAGGUGAUUUACUUCGUCAAGCUGCACAAGAUAAGACAUCAGUUGAAGGUCAAAAAAUACGAGAGACAAUAGAAGCUGGUAACCUUGUCGAUGAUGAUACAGUUAUGUCAUUAAUUGAAAAAAAUUUAACUAAACCUGAAUGUCAUAAUGGCGUUUUAUUUGAUGGUUUUCCUCGAACAAUUUAUCAAGGUGAACAACUUGAAAAAUUACUUCAAUCAAAACAAAAACACCUUGAUGCAGUUUUAGAAUAUGCUAUUGAAGAUGAUCUAUUAAAACGACGUAUACUUGGUCGACUUAUUCAUAAACCAUCAGGUCGAACUUAUCAUGAAGAAUUUCAUCCACCAAAAGAAGCAAUGAAGGAUGAUAUUACAGGCGAAAUUCUUGAACGUCGUUCUGAUGAUACCAAUGAAACACUCAAUGCUCGAUUAAAAACCUAUCAUAAACAGACAACACCAUUAAUUGAAUUUUAUCGUCAACGCAAUAUUCAUCGUUUGGUCGAUGCAACACAAAAAAUCAGUGAAAUAUCAAAGCAAUCCAUUGAAAAUAUUAAUCAUUUACGUCAACAAUCAGCAUCUAUUACACAACAAAUUCCUGCUCGACAAACAGAUUAUAACAUAGGAAAAAACCAAUAUGAUGAUGCGAAAGUUUUAAAAAUAAAAUCUCUACCAAAUCAACUUGAUGUUGAUAAAAAUCGUUUAAGCAAUAAUUUUUUAUUUAUAUACAAUUCGGUGACAUCAGUAUUACGAGAUCGUGGUAUUAUUUAA